AAAUGGCACUGUUACGGCAGUGUAUUAAAUACUAUAAGAUAAACUAAGUAGGAGAGUGUUUACUUUACUCUUAGUAAUUAAAAUAUCCCUAAUUAAACCCAAUAAAAUUAUUUUCGUUGUAAUAUUCAAACCAUUAGUUGUAUUGUUUUAACUUUAAUUUACAGGUGAAACAUUUAUUUUAUCCGUAUUUUAUUUUGAAAGGAGAAGUGCAGUUCCGGUAUGGUCCGGUUUGGCAUUUACUUUAUUUGCGUCCUUGUUCCAUCACAAAAUACGAAACAAAGGUUGACAAAAACAUAAAAUAUAUUCUAAAGGUUUUACGAUUUUAUUUGUAUUUAUAUACCAGCGGUUUGGUUGGUACACUGUUGAUCAGUCGGAACCUUGGCACAGGGAGCUUUGAGCGUUUCGGACUGAAAAUGGCCCACUGCUUCCUUGUUUAAAACAAAACACUGAUCUCAUGUGAGCGCGUGGAGCCAAUGUUGACAAACAGAAUGGAUAAACAUAUCGGUCCCCCUCUCCCCUUCGCCUCUCUACGCCUCCUGCUCUCCCCUGUCCGGCUGGUGUCCGGGGCCAUAUGGCACACGGUCCAGCAUCAUCUUGUGUCGGAUUAUGGGAUGCUUGAGGAGUUUGUUUCAAUGGUCACAGACAUUGUCCCUGAGCUACUCUCCAUUGAACAGAAGACCCAGCUUCUUCUGGGACUCCGGGCACGGAAUGGUAUCCCUGGAGAGUUUGGCUGCAGCUAUGAUGAUCAGGCCCUGGUCAACGUAACAUGGCAUUUUCUGACCAGACUGGAAAAGCUUUUCCCUCUGCAGACCAUCCAACAGGUUGCCCUCAUGCUCGUCGACAUUCCCUCUGCUCUCGAAGAGUGUUUGAAGUCAGUCGCUCACCGCGGCGAGCUCCAAACGCUCCUUGGUUGUCGGAAAGAACUUCUGGAUAAGAAUGGUUGUCCCCUUGAUGGUGCAGGUGAAACUUCAGCUCUGCACCUCUGUGUCGGGGAUAAGAUCAAAGCAGAGCAGGGGCAUCAGGCCCAUUCUCUGCCUGAUGUCCACAGAUGCGGUUCACAGAUAGAAGGACCACAUGCAAGCACUGCAGUUGCAAUGUCGGAGGACAUGGAGAUGGCCGUGGAGAAGGAGGCAGUAGAAGGGACGAGCAGUCAGGAAUUAAUGGAUGUUUGUGACAAAGAUUGCCUAGUCCUGUUGAAAAGGCUUGACGACGUUCCCACUGUGCAACGCAGACCUGUGAGGUCAAACAGAGGGUUGAAAAUGAAAAGGAUUUUGCUUGAAGAGAAGAACCGCAGAAGGAAAAUGCCGUCCAAAAAAGUCCUGCCCAGAACAAAAAUUUUGAUCCCAGAACCCAGUACACAGAUCUCCAUCGACCCGUUCCCUUCUGUAACUUAUACAGUCGUGGCUGAUGAGGACACUAAUGUUGGAAGUUCCAGUGCGGAGGAUUCUUUGUCUGAUUGUUCGAACACACGCAGUUGCUUCGUCAAGCUGGCAUCUCCCACGGAAGGCAAGAAACCUUUAAUUACCCGCGAAAAGCAGGACACUCUCAAAAUCAGUCUUUCGGCAAAUUCAACCUCGAUGAAUAAAGGCCUUUGUUUAAUUUGCAACAAGCAUGUGCAGACGGACAUGAAGGAACACAUGAAAGCCCAUUUUCCUGACGGGGUCUUAACCUGUCCACGAUGUGACACAGUUUUUAAGAACAUGCAAUCCUUAAGGCUACAUUUUAAAAGGGUUUGCUUCGAUCAGCUGCAGAUAGAGCCGGACAAGGUUGCCCUGGCUCUCUACCAGUGCGAUGGAUGUGAAAGAUCUUUUAAGUACAAAUUACAGUUAAACAGGCACAGACUUGUCCACAGCCAGCUCUACUGUGAGAUAUGCGAGAGAGUCGUGCGAGACGCCGAAACCUUGGCGCGACACAAGGUGUCUCACAAGCCUUUUCAGUGCAUCCUUUGUGAGAAGAACUUCGGUAUCUUUAAGCAUUUGGCCAGUCACUGCAAGAACGUACACGAGUUGAGCGAACCCUACAAAUGCCAACACUGUCCGAAAGUUUUCUCCAAGUUCCAUAUUUUUAUUGGACACGAGUGGCAACACACAGGCCAACUCCCCUUCCAGUGUUCCAAGUGCUCUAUGAACUUCAAACACGACGCAGAGCUGGCUAUCCAUCUACGGGUGCACACGCACGAGAAACCCUUCCUGUGCACGGACUGCGGUAGGUACUUCGCAUGCAACUCAAACAUGAUACGGCACAGAAGGAUGGUUCACGAUGAGUCCUUGCAAGUGCAGCACUUCUUAUCCUCUCGGAGGAGAAAAGAGAGCACACUUCUGAAGGAUCAUAUGUCGCUGUCUGGCAAUGAGUCCAGUCUUCCGCGCCCGUAUGAAGUGGAAGCGAAGGAUGGAGCAAAUAUUGAAAAACAUAACGGCGAUCUAGUCAGCUUGCUCCAGGACCCCUCUCACGUAGCUCCCAGCCAAGACAACUUUUUGUCCAGUUCCUCAACUGAUCGUUCCUCUGUUGCCCUUACUGAUCACGAUGAUGGUUUGGUGGCAUUGAAAGAGCAGGAUGCGCCACUGAGGAAAAUUCCUGCUACCAGUAAGACCAAUUCCUCAACCCAAAGAAGCCUAUGUUUCAUUUGCAAGAAACAUGUGCAGCUGGAUAUGAAGGAACACAUGAAAACCCAUUUCCCUGAUGGUGUCUUAACCUGUCCGCGUUGUGACACAUUGUUCAACAGCAUGGGUUCUUUGAGGAUACACUUUAAGAGGAUUUGCGUCGAACAGCUGCUGAUAGAACCAGGCGAGGACCGAGUUGGCCAUGGUCUGUUUAAGUGUGAUGAAUGUGUAAAGUCUUACAGGUACAAGUUGUCGUUAGACGGGCACAAGCGCACUCACAACCAGCUCUACUGUGAGGUGUGCAGGAGAGUCUUACGAGACGCCGAAACCCUGGCACGACACAAGGUCUCUCACACGCCUUUUCAGUGCACCCUUUGUGAGAAAGACUUUGGGUUUUUUAAGCAGUUGUCCAGGCACUACGAGAACACCCACAAGCUGAGCAAACCCUACAAAUGCAACCAUUGUCCUAAAGCUUUCUCCAAGCUGCGUUUCUUUAUUCGACACGAGUGGAAACACACAGGCCAACUCCCAUUCCAGUGCUCCCAGUGCGCCAUGAAGUUCAAACAGGACGCAGACCUGGUGGGUCAUCUACGGGUGCACACGAACGAGAAGCCUUACCUGUGCGCCGACUGCGGCAAGACCUUUUCUCGCAACUCCAACCUGAGACGACACGUCAAAUUCCGCCACAGCGAGUCCAGGGAAAUGCGGCACUUUACGUGCACCCAGUGCAGCAAGACCUUCAAAGAGAAGGGAUCCCUGCAGAAGCACGUGCAGCUCAAACACCAGAAUCACAAGAAUGCGCGCCACCCGUGCAACUACUGCGGAAAGAUGUUCUCCCAGUCCGGGAUGGCGAGGCACAAAAUGAUCCACACGGGGGAGAAGCCUUUGAAGUGCCACAUUCCGGACUGCAACCAACGCUUCCGGUCACCUUCGGAGGUGAAGAAUCACGUGCUGCGCCAUCACACUGUGGAUCGCCCGUUUGAGUGCAACACCUGCGGGAAGGGUUUCAUACGGGUCUCGAUCCUCAACGAACACAUGAAGAUCCACUCUGGAGAGAAGAAACAUGUUUGUUUAGUCUGUGGCAAAGCGUUUCAGAAGGCCUACAGUAUGGCCAGACACAUACAGCUAGUGCAUACACCCAAAUAACCCAAGAAUUGUAGCUAUGUUGUACUUAAAUGUGACAUAAUAUUGUGUUUUCACAACAAGUAAACAGAAAACACAUUUUUGAAGUUGUUUGUUUGGAAGCUAGCUUAUAUCAUGGGCUAGCUGAUGAUAUAAGGAAAAAAGUAAUGUUCAAAUAAAUGUGGUACGAACUGUGGUCUAGGGGUAGUUCACUCAUAUGGAUGUCUCCAGUCUACCCAGGGGCAAACUGUAACACUGUUGUUUUUUAUUGGUCGUCAUGAAAUAAAAAACAUAAGGGGUAACACUGAUGUUUUUCUUUGGUCGUCAUGAAAAAAAUCACAAGGGGUAACACUCGUUUUAAUCUAAUAAAACAUGAGGGGGUAACACUGUUGUUUUUAUCAAAUGGAACAAAAGGGGUAACACUCGUUUUUUAUCUGUCAUCAUGAAGAAAACAUAAGGGGUAACGCUGUUGAUAUUUAUCAAUUAAAACAUAGGGGGUAACACUGUCGUUUUAUCAAAUGAAACAUGAGGGGUGACACUCAUUGUUCUUUGGUCGUCAUGAAAAAAACCAUAAGGGGUAACACUGCUGUCUUUGUCGGAUAUAAUAUAAGAGGUAACACUGUCGUUUUUUAUUGGUCGGACUCAUCAUGAAAAAAACCAUAAGGGAAAUAACUUAAAUACACACAUACAUUUUAAUGUCAGGUAUAUCCUCUUUAUUGAUGAUUGAUUAUUGUGUAUUGUCAUCGCCUCAGUGGUGCAGUGGAGUGAACUCUGCCUAACCCAAUGGAGACCGUGGCUCAUUUUCUGUGGAAAACACAAUAUCUUUUGUGCAUCAUUUUAAACGUAAUGCUAUCAUGUCUAUUGCACUGUAAUUAAAUUACAGAUCUCAGUGGGAAGUGGAGAGAGCUGUGAGGUAACCCCCUGGAGACCGAGGUUCAAGUCCGUCCGGUUGAUGUCAUCUGUUGGAAGACUCAUCUCUAUUUCAUGCGAAUUAUAAGGUCAAGUAUAACCUUUGUGAUGAGUUUAUCCGGUGAUGGUGCAUUGUUAUGUUUGGAGGUUAACACUCUAAACAGCUCAGUUUCGGAUCCCCGCAAAAACGUCGACAGGGGUGCCACUGUCGUUAUAAAUUGGUCAACAUGGAAAAAACAUAAGGAGUAACUGUUGUUUUUUAUCGGCCGUCAUGAAAUAAUUAUAAGGGGUAACACUGUCGAUAUUUAUCAAAUAAAACGUAGGGGAUGUCACUGUUGUUUUUCUUUGGUCGUCAUGAAAAAAAACACAAGGGGUAACACUGUCGUUUUUAUCAAAUGAAACAUGAAGGGUAACAGUCGUUUUUAUCAAAUAAAACAUAAGGGGUGACACUGUCAUUUUGCUUUGGUCUUCAUGAAAAAAACCGGGGUUCAAGUCCAGUAGAUGUCAUCUGUUGGAAGACUCGUAUUUCUAUUUCAUGGGAAUUAUAAAGUCAAGUAUAACCAUUGUGAAGUCGUUAUUCUGUGUCUUGAUGGUGCAUUGAUAAGUUCGGAGGUUAAUACUCUAAACAGCUCAGAUUCGGUUCCCCGCAAAAACCUUUACAGGGGUACGACAGUCGUGUAUUAUUGGUCAACAUGGAAAAAACAUGAGGGGUAACUGUCGUAUUUUAUCGGCCGUCAUGAAAUAAACAUAAGGGGUAACCCUGUCGAUAUUUAUAAAAAAAAAAACAUAAGGGGUAACACUGUCGUUUUUUACCGGUCGUCAUGAAGAAAACAUAAGGGGUAACCCUGUCGAUAUUUAUCCAUUAAAACAUAGGGGGUAACACUGUCGUUUUUAUCAAAUGGAACAUGAGGGGUGACACUGUCGUUUCUUAUUGUUCGUCAUUAAAAAAAACAUAAGGGAAAUAAUAGAAAUACAGACAUUCUUUUUAAUGUCAUGCAUAUCCUCUUUAUUGAUGAUUGAUUUUUGUGUAUUGUCAUCGCAUCAGUGGUGCGGUGGAGUGCACUCUGCCUAACCUACUGGAGCCCGCGGCUCAAUUGCUUUGGAAUACACAAUAACCGGUGAUGGUGCAUUGUUAAAUUCGGAGGUUAACACUCUAAACAGCUCAUGUUCGGAUCCCUGCAAAAACGUUGACGGGGGUGCUGUCACGUUAAAAUUGUACCGGGGGCGAAAAUUGUACCGGCCUACGUCAUCGUUUGUUUACAUCCUGACAACCUGCCCGGCAACAGACGACGCGAUGCAGAAAACAUGUUUCCAAACGACGAAAUAACAUAAUACAGAUAGCGGAUCGCUAUCUGUAUUAUGAUAGAUAGCGAUAACACUUGUUUUUACUUUAUAUUUGUAUCGUAUUUAAUUGUUUAAUCGAAACAAUAAAAAAAUUUGCCCGCGAAACGGGUGAUCGCGCCAAAUGACAAAUGUUUUGCCCGCGAAACGGGCGAUCGCGUCAAAUGACGUAGGAGGGUUCUUGAAACAUAAUACAGAUAACGGAUCGCGAGAUAACACUUGUUUUUACUUUAUAUUUGUAUUGUAUUGAAUUGUUUAAUCGAAUUUAGCUAGUAAACUGAUUUUUUUCAGCAGGUUUCAUAUAGUCUAGAAUGUUCAAGAACCUUCCUACGUGAUUUGACGCGUCAUUUGACGCGAUCGCCCGUUUUGCGGGCAAAUUUUUUUAUUGUUUCGAUUAAACAAUUAAAUACAAUACAAAUAUAA